AUGACCGCUUCGACUGGCCCCGACCACACCGUGGUCGUCAUUGGUGCUGGCUAUGUCGGCGUUCCCAUGGCCCACCACCUGGCCAAGCACACUCCGGCCAGCGUCGUCAACCUUCGCGUCAUUCUGGUCGCCCCCAACGAGGAGAUGUUCUGGAACGUCGCCUCGCCUCGCGGCUUCGUUCCCUCCGACUCCUCUGCCGCCCCCAACCCCAAGGGCAACCCAGGCUUCGGCGACGACAAGCUGUUCUUCCCGCUCGCUCCUUCUUUUGCCAAGUACAACACAGGUUCGGUCAAGCGCGUCGAGCAGGUCGUUGGCCGCGCCACCAGCCUCGAUCCCGACCGCCAGACCAUUGAGGUCGCCCUCAACACCGGCGGCACCGUCCAGACCAUCCACUACGACACCGCCCUCAUUGCCACAGGCACCGACAUCACCGACGGCACCCCCUUCAAGGUCGUGCCCAACGGCGGCGUCUCCGAGACCAAGGCCGCGCUGGCCGACUACCGCGCCCGCAUCCGCACAGCCUCGCACAUUGUCGUGGCCGGCGGCGGCAUGACGGGCGUCGAGGUUGUCGGCGAGCUGGCUGCCGUCUAUGGUGCGAACGCCCCCAAGGACAAGAAGAAGGAGAUUGUCUUUGUCAUCAACGAGCCCGCGCCGCUCGGUGUGUACGGGACCAAGGACAGCGUGCGCCAGAUCGCCACCAACCGCCUCAAGACGCUCGGCGUGCACAUCAUCGUCAACACCAAGGUCAGCGUGGCCACGCCGGCCGCCGGCGAGGGCAGCCAGACCGUGCUGCGCCUCACGAGCAAGGACGGCACGUCGACGUCGCUGACCACCGACGUCUACAUCCCCGCCUUUGGCACCUCCUUCAACACCAAGUACCUGCCCGCCAAGCUGCUCGACGCCACCGAGAAGAACCGCGGCCGCGUGCUCACGCGCGCGACCCUGCAGGUCGAGGGCUACGACAACAUCUUUGUCGCCGGCGACGCCUCCAACCUGCAGUUCCCCUCGCUCAAGAACGCCAACGACCAGAUUACCGUGCUGGCGCCCUCGUUGCAGAUCUACCUCAAGAACUGGGCCGUCGCCCGCGGCGCCAAGCAAAACGGCGAUGCUGCCGCUGACACGACCGCGCUCAAAGAGUACAAGGGGGACGACACCCUUAUCGUGGCCGUGUCCACUGGUCCCGCCGGCGGAACGGGCCAGGUCGGCUCGUGGAAGUUGUUUAGCCUCGUGAUCUGGGCGCUCAAGUCCCGCUUCCUAGGUACCGACAAGGCUGCAGACUAUGCCAGCGGAAAGCGCGUCAUGAGGGAUGCCAACUGGUAG